CAGGUGUAUGUCAACAACCUUUCUGCCUUUUUCUCCCUUUUAGCAUAUAUACAAUAGCAAAUACAGCAAUGGCUUCCAGUGGGCAGCUUCAUGUGGAUUUCGAGCUCAAGUCUCCUGCAGAAAAAGUGUGGGGAACCAUUAGGGACUCCACCACGAUUUUCCCUCAAGCCUUGUCCCAUGAUUACAAGAGCAUUCAAGUGCUAGAAGGCGAUGGCAAGGCCCCUGGAUCUGUUCGUCUUAUUAACUAUGCCGAAGGGUCUCCAAUCGUUAAGGUAUCAAAAGAAAGAAUCGAAUCAGUGGAUGAAGCUGAGAAGAAAUAUGUUUACAGCAUCAUUGAUGGGGAUCUCCUGAAAUACUACAAGACUUUCAUUGGCAAGAUCAUUGUGGUUCCCAAGGGAGAGUCGAGCUUGGUUAAAUGGUCCUGUGAGUUUGAGAAAGCAAGUGAAGAGAUCCCUGAUCCAAGCGUCAUUAAGGAAUUUGCAGUGAAGAACUUCAAGGAGAUCGAUGACUAUCUUCACGGUAAGGCUUAGAGAGGCCAGGCCAUGCCAUGCCAUGCCAUGCCAUGCCAUGCCAUGCAUGCGCCUAGCCCUUCUUAAUGGAUUCUCUCAUGUUUUAUUAGUAAUAAAAUAACAUGCAAGGAUCCCACUUCAGAAUAUUUGCCUAGGAUCCAUCCUUAAUUAGUUCAUCUUGUUGAGUGGUGACUUCUUGCUGCAAAGUAAUUCUGUUACUUUGUAUUUUCAAUAAUAAUUUAUGUAUUGCCAUGGAUUUUCUUAA